AUGAAGUGUAUUUCCGCGCUGCUGCUCACAAUCGCGCUUACACUCCUCACGUUUUCAAACGUAAACGGUGCCAUUGAAUGUCGUAAACUAGACGACUGGUGCGACGGAAGUGUGUUCAAUCCAUGCUGUGAUAAUCUGCAUUGCGAACUAACGGGGUUCGCUGAUGGUCGCUGUCGCACUUGUCUUGGACUUGGAUCACUCUGUGCAACCCAUAACCAAUGCUGCUCACGCCUCUGCACCGGCCUCAAAUGCGCCCAGUCAUAA